UUAUUAAAAUGCGCAGAAGUACAAAAUUUAUUAAUAAUAUUAUACGAAUACCAAUUAAUUCUUCGUUUCGCUUUCAUCCCAUUGGAUACAAAUUUCAAUCGAGACCUAUCUCAGCUUUGUAUAUAACUGGGGAUAAAGCCAAAGAAACUUACGCUACCUUAUUACCAUUUAUGAAUUUUAAAAGCACUUUUGAACAAGGACAUGAAUUGGAACGUAGUAUAAGACAUAGGCAAAUGAAAAGUAAUUUAAAUAAAAUAAUGAAAAUGUACGCAAACUAUAAAGAGUUCAAUGAGAAGAUAAAACAACUGGAAGAAGAACGAGACGCCACUGCUAAAGAACUUAGACAACUAAUUAAACAAGAAACUAAUGAUGAAAACAUGAUGAAUAGCUUAAAAGAAAAAGGAAUAUCCCUACGGAAUGAUUUGAAAAGGCUUAAAGAAAAUUUUUAUCCGUUUGAAGAUGAAUUUAUACAUAUGUUCCUUGACUUACCGAAUCAAUUGCAUUUGCAUUGCCCGUUAGGUGAGCAUGAAAGAAUACUUUAUCAAUAUAAAGAACCUUUGACAAAUGGUAAAUGCCAUCUCAUACAGACAACCUUUGUGGAAUUUAUCGAUAAUACGCGUUACUAUUUCUUGGAUGAAGCGGCCGAGUUUGAUAUUUAUUGUACGCAAGCGUUUACUCAAUAUGUCUUGCAAAAGGGACAUUUUACUCAAACGGCAAAUCCCGAUUUUGUGCGAUGCGUUUUGCUAGAAGCCAAUGCCACACCUAUGCAUUAUUAUCAUAAAGUUAUGGAAGAACAUUUAAAUAAUCAAUUGAACACAGCGUUCCUAACAGGUGGGGCGUCUUUUGAAAGUUUUUUAGGCACCGUCACAAAACUCUGUGUAUAUCCUUCGUUUUUGCCGCUCAAGUGGGUCUGCUGCGGCCGCUUAUAUGAGAAAGUAUUGCCAAUGGCAACAGAUGACGCGCAAAAUUUAUAUACAGCUACUCAAAGUAAUGCUGUGCAAACGUUUGUGGCUACAUCCACAGCUUAUGAGGCUGAAGAGCAAAUGGAUUCAAUUUUAAAUCUUUGUGUAGAUUUUUACAGGAAUUUUAAUAUACACUUUCGCGUUACAUAUGUACCAGCUUUUCAAUUAACGUCGUCUGAAAGUUUAAGAGCUCAAAUCGAAAUCUAUUCACCUCAUCAGAAACGUUAUAUAUGCGUGGGUCGUGUUAGCAACUAUAAGGAUUUUGUUUCCAAACGUAUCCUAUUUACUGGACGCGAAGAAAAAGAAUACAAUUUCUUGCAUAUAGUAGGUGGGCCUAUUUUAUAUACUACUCGUCUAACGGCUGCUUUGUUAGAGCAUGAGCAACCAUUUUUGGAUCAAAAUCAACUUUUCGCAAUGAUAAGCAAAGAUAGUUCCGCUGAUGUAAAGAAAAAACCUAUUAAUGAAUUUAAAAAUUUGUUCAAAUAA